CAUAAACAGGAAAUAUCAGCAUUUUCAGUGUACAAGCUGAUAGACGGACAGGAGAUGUUGGUUCUGGUUCUGGUUCUGGUCGUUGUGCUUCAGUUUGAAGGAACCAGUGGAGAACGUCAUCUCUAUCGCAGAGCUGGAGAAGAUCUCGUUCUACCCUGCAGCAGUACCUUACGUUCCCCAUGCUCCACUGUUGACUGGGUUUUAUACAGAAAUCGAACGCCUUGCGAUGUGGUUCGGGAUGGGAAAGUUGUUGAGAGUUUACCUGGAGCUUCCCGGCUACAUGUGGACAGUAACUGCUCUCUGAUCAUCACCAACAUCACAGCUGAUGAUGCUGGAGAUUACAUCUGUUACAUGGUUUCAGGAUAUUUGGAUGAGAGCAGAGUAUACCUGUUUGUUCUGACCAUUUCUCCAUCUCCACCAGAUGCUGAUCCAACAAAGGAAGAUUUCAUAUUACACUGCUCUCUGAGCAGCUAUGUGGGGUGGAGUUCUGGUCGGAGGAACAGUUUCCGCUGGCUGGAUGAGACGGGAACUGAGCUGACAGGUGAAGCUGUUGGGUUACUUUUAACAACACCACGAACCUGGAAUUCCUCUCUGGCUGUGCAGCAUCAGAGCGGCACCAGCAGAACAUUCACCUGCCAGUUUGUUGUAGAAAACUGCGUGAAAGUUGAAGCUCGUUACCCGCCUGGAUUUAUCGGUACCAGGAAACAGUCAGAUCAGAUCUACCACAGAGCUGGAGAYGUUGCUGUUUUACCCUGUAGAAAGACUUCAUCAUCAUGCUCCGCUGUUAACUGGCUGUUUAAGAAAACUGAAAACAUGACGAGUCAACAGGAAGUUCAGGAAGGAAUCAUUGUGCAGAAUUCGUCUCGUGCUGCCAGGAUGAGUUUGGACGAUAAAUCUUCUCUGAUCAUCAACAACAUCACUGCUGAGGAUGCUGGACGUUACAGCUGUCAGCUCUGGGACGGAGGCAGCUACGACAAAGAUGUAUAUCUAAAUGUAAUGAGCAUCUCUUCAUCUCCACCAGGUGCUGAUCCAACAAAGAAUGGAGACGUAACAUUACGUUGUUCAUUGAGUCCUUGUCCAGAUAAAAAUCUCCUCUGGGUGAACGAGACAGGAAGUGAACUGACUGGUGAAGGUGAUGGAUAUAAGUUUAGAGGACAGUUUGGUUGUGUUUCUUAUCUGACUGUGAAUCUCCAGAGCAGCAGAAGAUUCACCUGUCAGUUUGUUGAAGGAAACGAAGUGAAGAUAGAAGCUCACUACCAACAUGAAGGCCCCCCCGCCUCGUCUCCUCUGAGCUUCAUCAUGUUGACUCUGAAGAUCACAGGACUGAUCCUGAUGGUUGGAAUCACUCUGGGUUCAGACCCCAAAGAUAAAGACAAAGACAGAGAGGAAGAACUGGUGUGUUCCUUCCGUGGGACCAGGAAGAUCGUGAGACGAGGAGAAGGGAGCUACAGAGCUGCAAGACAAGAAGCUGAGGACCGCUACGCGCAUGAGGAAGUCACCCUGAGGCCCGAGACCUGCCGCUCUAAUUCUCAGUGUCAGCAUUAG